AUUCCAGAAUCUUCUCUGGUCCAGGAAGAAGUUCGUGGAAAGUGUAAAGGUCUAUGGCUCCAGUUACAUCUACAUGCCAGCCUUCUCCAUGAAGCCUGGGACAGACCCAUCCUUCCGGGCCUAUCAUGCUCUGUCUGACAUUGGUGCCAACCAGACCGUCGUUUUUGCAAACCCUGACUUUUUGAAAAAUGUGGGCAAGUUCUGGAAGAGCAGAGGGAUCCAUGCAAAACGCCUUUCCACUGGCCUGUUCCUGGUCAGUCUGGCCCUGGGACUAUGCGAUGAAGUUACUAUUUAUGGCUUCUGGCCUUUUUCUGUGGACCUGAAUGAAAGAUUUAUAAGCCAUCAUUACUAUGACAACAUUUUGCCUUUUUCUGGGUUCCAUGCCAUGCCAGAGGAGUUUCUCCAGCUCUGGGUUCUUCACAAGACUGGAACGUUGCGUAUGCGUGUUGGCCAGUGUGAAGAGGAAACUGGAUAGCUUGUUUAUCUUACCAGCUGAGAAUAUCACCAAACCCCAUGCCUUUCCCGUGCAGCCCUUUUGAUGGCAUAGGCAAUUGGGAUUUGCAUGGAUCGUCUAUCCUCAUCUUGCUUUGUGUUACGUUGACAGGGCUGGUAGUUUCCACAACGGGGAUCAUAGCUUCGUGAUUAAUUUAUUAAAGAGUGAGUUCUCUUUCUACGUAGCGGCGCAGGGAUUUAGCCUAAGGCAGAAGGCAAAUAAACUAGAGGGGAAACAAUUGCUAAACACUACUUGGAAUUUCCUAAACUUAUAGUAUAUGAAAGGUGUUUGAGAUUGUUCUGAGCUGAAACUCCUUGAAUUAAAUAUCAUAAAUAGAUAAAACAAAGUCUUAAUUCCAACUAGGUCCACUUAAGGUAGUACUCUGCCUUAAAACACCUGAAAUUAUGCAUUUCAAAAUAUUUUAGCAGCAAAGAAGAGGGUUCUGAAAAAUAUUCUUGAGUUAAAAUAGAUCAGAUCAGUUGUUUUGCUAACAGGACAUUGAUUGAUGUACGGACUAAGAAUAUGAAAAACACUCCCGUUAAAUGUACUGUAUAUACAAAAGCAACAAAGAUGUUCAGUUGCUUAACAGCAUCACAACUCAUUGCCAUAUACUUAUCAAACAACCUAUUAAGGAGAGAAAAUAUUUCUGAACUAAUUAAUUGAGUCUGGAGGGAACAUUCAUAUUGGCAUAAAGCCAAGUUACUGCUUUUAUCUUGUAAAAAAAUGUUAUUAUUCCCAGAUAGAUUUUCUACAAAGGAUAACAGUUCUUCCCUGAGAAGGAAAUGCCACAUGAGACUAAAAGAGUUCUGAAGAAAGUCAUUUGAUUUAAUCAAACAUUCCCUUACAUAUCUGAUUUUGUAAAUGCACUGCAUUCCAAACCUUAGUGUGUGUAUUUUAGUGUUCUUUAACCUAAUUAUAGUUUACUGUUAUAUUAAAAGUAUAAUGUGUGGCUCUAAAACCUGAAUGGAUGACACACAAAGAGGUUGUAAUUUUGCACUAUAAAGAACUCCAGGAAUGGAAGUCAAAAAUAUAAACAUUACAGAGAAAUACAUAUUUUGGCCUGGUCACUCCCCAGGUAGGACAGAAAUGAGGCAUAGAAGAGCUUUAUUGGAGUAACUAGGCUGGCUAAAUGCUAACAUCUGUAAGGAUGGGGCUGCUGGAUAUUAUCCUCAAAUAAUAAAUAAGUCAGGGGAAGUAGCUGCAAGAGCUGCAAAGAUGGGGCAAAGAGGGACUGAUGCAAAAAAAGUGGGCAGAUUAGGUUUUGACCUCCUCUCACAUGUUUAUGUUCAAAACUCCAUGAAUACUGGACACUAGGCUGUUGAAGAUCUAUGAUUAAUGAUUGGUUAAUAGUAAGAGCAUUUUGGCAAGAAUAUAAGGUUUUUAAAUUCCAUGUGACAUGUCUGCUGGUAUUGCUCUUGCUAUUUAUAUUGUGAUAAAACUCCUACAGUCUAAUGACAUACUGGUAGGUUAAUUGGCUUCUGGAAAAAUCUUCCCUGAUUUGAGUGUCUGCAUGGCUGUGUGCGCUGAUAGACUGGGGUCUCAUCGAGGGGGUACCCCAUCUUGCACCCUUUGCUUUCCAGUAUAAGCUCCAGCUCCCCUCAACAAUUAAUUGUUUAAAAGAGGUUAGUAAAAGGUUGGAUUGAUGUCUCCUAGUAGAACACAUCUACAAGUAACUGUCUUUUUUAGUUUUCAGAUACUUUGUCUGCUCAUAGGGAAAAUUUGCUUGAACAUAAAUAAAUGCUACAGUAAUUGAGCAUUAAACAUAUUAAAAAGUAAACAGCUUUUUUUGUUCAAAUGUUGCAGAUUGCUGUUAAUUAAGAACAAUUUCAUUUACAUUAUAUUAAAACAUUUGUUUGCUAACCAUCCCUGAAGCUAAUAAAAUAGUUUGUUGUGGUUUUCUUGAGCUCACUGAGACCAGGCAACAGUGUACUGUGGCAUGAAAUGAAAACAAAUUCCAGUGCUCUUCUUGAACUUCACAGCUUCUUGCUAAAAUGAAGAUAUUAUACAAAUGUUUAUGACUUCAUUCAACACUACAUUGAAAUUCUGUAGUGUUGCAUUGAGUCGUAACGUUUUUGUAAAAAUGGUGUUUAUUACUUAACCAAAUGAGUCAUGUGCAGGACGUAAUACCUUCUAGUGCUGCUGGAGAGUAUAGGAACUGCAGCUACUGUACAGCUUGUCAAGUAAACCCUUCUCAUGUAAUGUGUGAAGUGGAUGUGAACAAUAUUUUCUACGUUUCCUACCCUCUGCUCUGCUUAGUUCAGCUGCCUCUAUAGCCACAGCUUUUACUCUGUGCAAGUGAACAGCUUUGGAUUCCCAGUUACCAUUAGGCUCCAUUUCUCUGAGAAUGCUUUGUUUCAUUGUGAAAGAGUAUCUCUUUCAGCAGAUUAUGUGCAACCACUCCUCCAAGCAGAGAAUUAUUUUACACAGCAACUCACAGAAGAUCUUUAGUGCUAGUUCUGUGCUUUUGAGUAGCAUAUUUCUCCAGGAAACUCAUCUAGCUAAAUCCUAACAUAUCAGCGUGGGAGCAGCAUAUGAAACAGGUUGGAGGGAAAUGUUUGGUUUGUUUUGUUUGUUCUGCUGCUAAAGGUGUACUGAUCCAAAAAUGUCAGAUGUUUUACAGUAUAACCAGGAGGUUGCUAGCUCCAGACCACGAUGUGCCACUGACACUGAAUAACUGCAUUAAUAAAACCUACAUUUUGUCAUAAAUGAUAGGAGUAACAUAGUUUGAUGCGUAGUCCACCCAUAGUCUUCAUAAUUUUUUAGAUUAAAGAAUUGGGGAUUUAGGGAAAUCAUUAUUACUGUUAAGCCUCAUUUGACUAUUUAAAAGUGCAUAUUUUCCAUCAGCUGCAUAUAGAGAAACUGUACUUUUUAUUUUACUUAUCAUUUCUCAUUUUAUUGUUUUUACUCUUGAUAAAAUAUUUAACAUAACUAA